AGUGCCGUUAACUUGAGUAGAUAAUAGCCGAGUGAUGCGUUCAGGGGAGGAUCACUGGUGACCGGCAGAGGAACAGAUCGCGUCUCUUCCUCCUCCGGAGAACUUGGAACCUGGAACUUGAGUCUGGACUUCAGGGUCUUCGGUCUCCUCCCGCAGCCCGGCAUGGAGGUUCUACUGGACACGUGUGCACGGCGGAGGGUCGCGUCUCUGUUGCUACUAAUCCUCUUGGCCGUGAAGGCAGCAGCCGAAUGUUCAAAACCCGAGGCAAAAGAAAACACCGUCUUGACCGACCAAUCGCUCCUUUUGAAUACAUUCUCAGAGGGCGUUGAAGUGUACUUUGAGUGUGCCAAUGGGUACGUUGUGGAAAGCGGCUCCGGGAAAAUAACCUGCGCUCAAAAGAAUUGGAGUGAAUCAGACCUCAUCUGCAAAAAGAAGGACUGUGGUUUCCCUGAAUCUAGGCCCAAUAUGCUCUUCGACCUCAGCACUGGUACCCUGUUUGGCAAUGUAAUAAGAGUAUUCUGCGAUAAAGGAUUCCAGCUCAGUGGAUCCAGCUACAAACAGUGCUAUGCGACGGGCUGGAGUGGGUCCGCCAAGUGUAACAUCGUUUCAUGCGAUGCACCUCCGGAAGUCCUCGAUGGCAGAAUCUCAUGGGAUUCUCAAGACGAGCCAAAAUAUGGAGAGGUCAUAGAGUACGUCUGCAAGCAAGGAUUCACCCUCAUCGGGAACAGCAGCAUUAUGUGCGGCGAAGACGGUGAAUACGAUUCUCCGGCUCCCUCGUGCGAAGGUGUGAGAACAGAAGAAAGAAUUACAACAGCUACGGCAUCACCAACAUCUACACCUCCACAAGAAGUGUCCCCAAGUACAGAAUCGCCUGCCUCGCUCACAGAUAAAACCACCAGCGCCACACGAACAGUCUCACCUUCAAAGCCAGGUACGGAAAAGAUUCUCCAAACAAGGCCGUCUGUGCGUUCCUCAGUUGACAAGCUUUUAGGCACAACACGUGUCAGAGGCAUGUUGACAGUUGGGAGCGAAGCCACAACGACCACUGAGACGCCAACGACAUCGUCUUCACUUCAAGAAGAGCACGGGGGGGCUGUGGAUACUCACAAGGAUAUUGGUUAUACGCCUGUUAUAAUCAGUGUCAUAUGCGUCUCAUUAGUUGGGUGUAUCUUUGCACUCUGUUUACACAAGUUUCUUCUGAAGAGAAAAGGCUCAUAUGACACCCGAGAAGACCUGAAGCCGGAGUUAUUACAGUUCCAAAAUCCAUAUUGCCUGCCUGACCAAGCUCUGCCAAUGGAACAGUGGACAUUUAUUAAAAACAAGACGGAGAUACCGUAGCGGUGCCUCCCCGAGUCCACGGCGGGACAGAAGACAACUUGUGCCAAUUUUGUUGCCUUUCGAUUGGCAGAUAAUGGAACAUUUAAAAGCAUCGUGACUAAAAUCAGCAUCCACCAAUGAAAAGCACUUUUUAUAAUGACUUUUUUUAUCAACUGUAAAUACCUCAUGCCACUAUACUAUUAAUAUGUGUACAUUAUUUAUGUAAUAGAGUGGAAUAAACAUUGUCUCCAUGUGUUAUGAAGUAUGCGAAGAAUAUUUUGCUUCUUGUUUUUUAGUCUGAUUUCAUUCUAUUAAGGCCAUGCAAGUUACAAACGUGCUGUUUUGUGUCUGUUGUGCACUGUGCAAUUCCUGUGAAUUUUCCCAUUGUGGGACUAAUAAAGGAAUAUUAUCUCUUAUCGUA